AAUCAAUGAAGACUCUAAUACUUGUUGUAUUAAUUUGCUAUUGCGGUUCUUAAAUGUUAAGAGGAUCACCUAAGUCUUUAAUUGAAGAAGAGCAAGGUAAAUAUGAGUGAUGAAUGGCAGCAAUAUUCGAGAGUGAAUAAGAAGAUUAAAGCUUUUAUGUGGGGAGCAGUGAUGUAUCAACAGAGACUCUCUAAGGUUAGGAGACUGUAGAAGUAGAUGCAAGUUUGGCAGUGUUUAAAAGCGACGAUAACCCUAUGGUGUACGUUGAAGAGCCAAUAGAAUCAAGUAUUUAUAUAAAAAAUAAAUACAAAGAUUAAGAGUAAAAUUUUGAGCAAUAGGAAUCAUUGAAAAUUGAGAAGGUCGAUGAAGAGAUCUAGUAUAAUUUUACAAUAGAUAAUAAAGAGCAUAAGAAUUACCCGAAGCAACAAUCGAUUAAGCUAAUUUUGUCGAUAAAGCAAUAGUUUUGGAUCCAGAAUAAGAUUAAUAGGCAUCUUAAAACAGUUAAACUGAUGUUGUUUUGAACAUAGCUCCCAAGACAGAGUCAUUAACUAGUUCUGAUGCUAAUAAAAAGCAUAUUUAUGUUUACAAUCGUACAUUUGACUCUUACUAACUUAGCUUUGGCAAAGAAACCUUUUGUUGGGAUUAAGUAUCCACCUAUGCCAGUGACAAAGGAUCGCAAUUAUUUGUCAAACUCUGAAAGUCUGACUAUCAAGUUGCCUGCAUGGUCUGAGCAAAGUAAUCACAGAGUUGAAGAUGAUUUGGAAUUCUUCCAAUUUAUUAGACGUAUACAGCCUUAAAUAUAGUAGCAUCUGAUGUAUCAGUUAAUGAAUAUUGAAAGAACAUUAAUAUAUAAUUCAUUUUUUUCAAGUUGC